GUCAAAAAAUGUCAUGUUUGUUUUGUUUAUCGCAUUAUUAAAAAUUUUAAUUUAGCAAAUUAAAUUAAUUUAAUUCCUGAUUUGAAAUAUACACAUUUUAUCGUUCACAAUGACCGAAGAUACUAAAAGUAUAAGCUUAUUAGUAAUAAUAUUAGACACAAAUCCGUCGCAACGAAUUAUAAGGCAAAAUCCUCAUCAUUUAACCCAAUGUUUAGAUUCUAUUGUGGCAUUUGGAAAUGCCCAUUUAAUGCAAAAAGCGCAAAAUAAGCUGGCUGUGCUAGCUUGUCACCACCAUGCGACAGAGUAUCUUUAUCCAAUGCCGGGAAAACCUUUGGAAAUACGUCAAACCGAUGGACAAUACGAACUUUUUACUUUAGUUGAAAAAACAAUUAAAAUGAAUUUAGCUAAGAUUAUUAAUACUGUCCCAAAAAUUAACACCCCAUGUGAAUCCCUACUGGCUGGCAGUGUUGCAAUGGCUUUAUGUUACAUAGCACGGAUAAAUAGAACUAAACAACCGGGAGUAAAAUUAAAUUCUCGUAUAUUGGUAUUGACUGGUAGUAAUGAAUGCGCCUCUCAGUAUAUGGCUUAUAUGAACACUUUCUUUACUGCCCAAAAACAGGGCGUUGUACUAGAUGUUUGUGCGUUAGAUAAAAGCUUAAGCUUAUUGCAGCAAGGUUGCGAUAUUACAGGCGGCCAGUAUUUAAGAUUACCUAUAUUAGAUGGGCUAUUACAAUAUUUAUUAUGGGUAUUUUUAUCAGAACCACAGACAAGGAGCAAACUUGUACUACCCCCAAAAACAAAGGUCGACUACAGAGCAGCAUGUUUCUGUCACAGGGAGUUAAUUGAUAUUGGUUAUGUUUGUUCAGUGUGUUUAUCGAUAUUUUGCAAAUUUAGUCCCAUAUGUACAACAUGCCACACCGUCUUUAAAAACCCUGCUCCACUUGCAGUUAAAACUAAGAAGAAAAAAAUGAAAGUGUAAAACAAAACUUAUUUUUCAAUAAAAAUUUAAUCAUAAGAAUCGCUUGUA